UUCCAGCUCGUUUUAGCGCCGGAAAGCGUCAGAUCCACGCUUUCCCUUCUCGGAUCUCUCUAAUAGGCUCACCGAGAACCGAAAUCCCGGCCGCCGUCCCCAAACUUAAAAGAAAUGGAAACAGUGAUGCCGCCGAUGGCCCCUCUGGCCCCGCUAACGUGCGCCGCCGAGGCUCUUGCCGCGGGUCUCCUCACCGCCAUCCUCGCCAAGCCCUAUGUCCCUCCCCCGGAUCCACUCUUCAGUAUGCCUGAUUUUAAAGUGGAGAGGCAGAAAAAUGAGAAAACUGAGCCUGUUGAUGCUGAUGAUGAAGAUAGUGAUGAAGAUGGGCAUGGAGAAGAUGGUGUCUUUGGGGAGGGUGAAGAGGAGCUCUCAGACGAAGAUGGGGAGGGAUAUGAGAACACGAACAAUAACAAUAGCAAGAAGGCCCCAGGUGGCGAUGCUGGAGGUGAAGAGAAUGGAGAGGAAGAGGAAGAGCCAGAGGAGCAGGAGGAUGGUGAUGAUGAUGAUGAUGAUGACGACGACGACGACGAUGACGAGGAUGAUGAUGAUGGUGGAGAUGAUGAGGAAGAGGAGGUCGAGGGGGAGGAGGAUCAGGACAAUGAGGAUGAGGAGGAAGAGGAUGAGGACGAGGCACUUCAGCCCCCAAAGAAGAGGAAGAAGUGAAAGCCUUUGUUUUUAGCUUGAAAGUCUUCUUUUGUUCUUUUAGCGGAUCCUUUUUCUUUCUUCUGUCCCCAUCCUAUCUCCUAACUUUGGUGUUAUCUUAUUUUAGAGUGAUGUUGACGCAACUUUUAGCAUCAGUUAUCUAUGUAGGAUUAUGGUUAUGUAAUUGCUGUAGAGAGCUUCAUCAAGACAGACAGAACCAAAUUAGCCAGUGAAAUCAUUUAAACAUGGCUGCUCCAUUCAAGAAUGAAGCUUAAUUUUAGAAGACA